AUGUCAUCCAGAUCUGGCAGCAAAAGGGAGUAUGAAACUAGUGACCAGUCAACUGGUCGUUCAGCAUCCCCACCAGUCCCAGAGUCUAGUAAGAUUGAGGCUGGAGGCUUGAUAUUUUAUCACAUGGAUCUUUACGGCUCAAAGGAGAGGUUUGAUAUCUUUCCUGAAGAGCUAUCUGGUCAAGGAGAAAGAUCUCUGGGGGAUACAAGAGAAUCUGCAUUGAGUAGUGAAAAAUUUCCGCACUCACAAGAAGCUGGAUAUGACUUGGAAAAGGAGGUUGCAGAAUUGGCUAAGAUGUAUGGACUCGAUGAGGAUAGAGAAAAAGAGCUUGAGCUUCUUGGAGGACAUCCAGAGGUGGCGGAGAGCAGGUGGCCACCUGCUCGCACAGAAAAGGCAAGAUCACAACGCUCCGUGUAUAAUGCACCAAAAAGCAGCUCUUCAGUGAAAGAUCAAAGUCAAAGCACAAACCUUCGGGGACUUCCUGAUGAGGUUUCUCAAGAUGAAGAUGAGAGCAAAGCCAGAGCAGAAGAUGAGGCCAAGAGUCCCAUACGGUCCGGAGAGGGGCUCAGCAGCAGCGGCAUUUCAGAUGAGUGGAACAGUCAGGCUGCCAGCGAGGAGGAGGAAUCAGGGGAUGUUUUUUGUUCUACCUGCAAGAUGCCAAUCCGAGCUUUUGACAAACUGUUUGGUGAGCACAAGGAUCACGAGGUGACUAAGCUCCCCAGUGCCAUGGAAAGCGAAAAGGAGGAGAUUCAUAAGAACAUGCGCAAGUUGGAAGAGCAGAUUGCUCAGAUGGAAAACUUUGCCAGUCACUUGGAGGAAAUCUUCAUCACUGUAGAGGAAAACUUCGGAAGGCAGGAGGAGAACUUCGAGGUGCAUUACAACGAUGCAGUGCAAGUGCUUGCUCAGAAGUAUGAAGAACAGUUGGAAGCACUGGGGGAAGAGAAAAGGCAGAAGCUGGAAGUGUUAUAUGGGCAGCUGGUCAGUUGUGGGGAACAUCUUGACACCUGCAAGGAGCUGACAGACACAACCCAGGAGCUUUACCUGGAAAACAACAAAGCCAAUUUUAUGAAGGCAGCAAUAACCAUGGUUGACAGGCUGGAAGAAUUCUUAAAGAAAGAAGUAGAUUUAGAGCUUUCAACAGUGCCAAAUUUCGAAGAGCGGGUCAUAGAUUUCUCUGAAGUUGAGCAACUAAUGAACUCCAUUAAUAUCAUUCCAGCUCCUUGUGCCCCCGUGAUCAAUCCCCAGGCUCCCAAUGCAGCAACUGGCACAUCACUGAGAGUUUGCUGGAGCCUUUUCUCAGAUGACACUGUCGAGUGCUACCAACUGUGCUAUAAACCAGUGAACAAUGAGAGGCACAGUGAUGAACAAGCAGAGCAUACGCUGAAAGUCAAAGAAACAUACUGCACCAUUUCUAAUCUGCUGCCGAACACACAGUAUGAAUUUUGGGUCAGUGCUUUAAAUGCCUCUGGUAUCAGUCCACCAAGUGAAAGAACGGUUUAUGUAACAGCUCCUUCACCACCUACCAUAAAGAGUAAAAAGAUCCGAAGCUGUGAAAAUGCAGCACUGGUGUGCUGGGAAUCUGGAGACAUCAACCCUGUUGAUUCCUACACGGUUGAAUUGUCCAAGCUGACAGAUGAAGACAACGGCGAUAUUAUUACUGAAUCAAUUGUGGGGAUUCCUAACUGCGAAGUCCUAAUUCACCUGCGGCCAACACAAAGCUAUCACAUCUGUGUCAGAGCCCUAAACCUGGGUGGUUCCAGUGAAAGAAGUGACCCUGUCCUGAUACACACCACAGGCACCUACUUCUGCCUUAACGAGGACACAGCCCAUCCUUUGCUGGCGAUCCUAGAUGAUGGAUUUACAGUUGCAUGCGAUGAACUGGAAAACCCAGAGUGUGAUCUGCCCGUCUAUGACAACAGCUUUACAAGGUGUAUUGGGAUCCUGGGCAGUCUGAUUCCAUUUCCAGGAAAGCAUUACUGGGAGGUGGAAGUUGAGGAAGACACAGAGUAUAGAAUCGGCGUGGCUUUUGAAAACACUCCAAGACAUGGUUAUCUGGGGGCAAACAACUCGUCCUGGUGCAUGAGGCAUAUCAUCACACCAUCAAGGCACAAGUAUGAAUUCCUACACAGUGGGAUGACACCAGACAUCAGAAUUACUCUCCCUCCCAGGAGGAUUGGCAUCCUGCUGGACUAUGAGAACUGCAGAUUGUCGUUUUUCAAUGCAGAUAUUGCCCAGCACCUGUACACAUUCAACUCACACUUCCAGCAUUACGUCCACCCCUGCUUUGCUUUGGAAACACCUGGUAUCUUACGGAUACACACUGGAAUUGCAGUACCCCCAUGGACUGCCCUCUCAUAA